UAGAAUAGCUCACUAUUGUGGUUCUUUAUCACUUUUUUGCAAUGUAAUUACCAAAUAUUUGUGAUUAUAUGUGAAUACUUUUGCUGCAAACCUAAAUUCAGGAAUGUAUGACAUGUAGUAUUUUACAAAUACGUUUGGACUGGGAGAAUGAUAUUUUCUGUGUUUUAGGGAUGAAAUGAUGGUAGCGGUCGGAAUCUUUGGAGCGCUUUGUAGCUCUCUGACCAUUAAACUGAUAAUCCUCUGCUGCUUUGUGGUGCUCUCCCAUACCCAGCCUCCACCCUCUCUCUCCCUUCCAGUCCAAAUCUCUGUCCUUCCCCCAUGGCACUCUCUCACCGUGUCUCAGGCUGAGCUGAGCCUCCUCUUUACCAACUCCAGCCCUUUCUCCUUUACACAGUCUCUACUGCUCAUGCAUCCUAUAGGAAUUAACUCUAAACCUGUCCUCCAUGCUACUUUUGGUUCUUACUCUGUGACUCAGCUUGUUUCCGAACCUUUAGCUCAGUUUUCUGUACCUCUUGUCGCAUAUCUGCUUUCCAAAGCAGUUGACCAAAAAUGGGAGGAUGAAGGAGGGGAAGUUUUUACAGUCAGAGUGUUGUUCCACAUGAAAGGUGACUCAAGCAAAAGAACAUGUGCAACGCUUCAUGCUUUCAAACAGACAGAGGAGCAGAAAGCAUCCUGCAUUGCCCAGCCUCCUCUAGGGCUAUGUGUGGUCACCAUGACUUUACCCAAAGACUGGUUUAAGCCUGAUCAGACUGCUCAGUUAUACCAGAGCCAAAGAUUCAGACAACACCAUCCAUACAGACUCCGGUCCCAUAACCACAGCCCAUGGAGAAAGAACUUCCCAGCAUCUCUCAGGGCCAAACCUGGUUUUCAAAGUGAUAUGAUACAGCUCUACUACUCUUCCAUCGGCAGUGUCACCAACCAUAAGAUAUCACCUCCAAGAUGUGUGGCAGACAAGCAGUCACAGAGAAAUCUAUACUACAUUGGAUCUGUGGAUCUUCCAGAUAAAGAAACCAAAAGUAAUAAACAAAUGCAAGGUUUUUCUUGCUCCAGUGAGCUUGAACAGGAUGAGCAAUGGCUGAAUUCAGAUGUACUGAUUUACCAUAACAAGGGGCCUGUGCGAGCUGGACAACCAGUUGGAGUCUCAUUAAACAUAAGGGCAAAUUUUAGUGGAGAUUUCUUCAUUGUGAAGCUUAAAGUGAAGAAAGGGUUACUGUCAUUACAAGCCCAUCCUAACAAAAACUCUCACCUGUGGGCUGUUAAAGUGGAGAAGACCUCAGGCGCCAAACAUGAUACAAUUUCAAUAAGCUCUCAGAGAACUGGUACUGUUCUAGAGAGAAGUGGCACCUCGGCUCUGCAACUGGUGGCCUGUUUCUUAUUUGAGGGCUUACACAGGAACUUUGGUGUUGCAAUGACAAUUCCAGUAAACUGGUGGGUGGAGGACAGCAUGCGCAAUGAGCCAGUUUCUUCACAUGGGACAAUAACAACUUUCUUCUCCUUUUCGGACAGAGAUAUAGUGGGCAUUGCUCCCAUCACAGUGAGCAACACAAUUAUGAACACAGCCAUCUUGUCUAGCCAACCAGUUUCUCUUCCAGUCUUAGUACUAGCGGUUGGGCAGGACGGCACAGUAUCAGAUAUUACUGCGGCAGUAAAUUGUCAAUCAACCAAUGAAGACAUUGUUAAGGUAUCAAGUGAUUGCUCUGCUGCUUAUGUUGAUGGAAGUGAAUCUGGCGUGGGCAGUACCUGUGUAGAGGUGGUGUUUUCUCUGGGCAAACUCAGAGGGUCUUUAUGCCUGGCUGUUUGGACUCCAGUAGUUCCUCUCCGUAUCUCUCUCUCUGACGCUGUCCUGAGCCCCAUUGAGGGCUGGAGCUACUACACAGACAGCAGAUGCAAUCCAGUUUAUCAAAGGGCCACCAUACAAAUCCUUGCACAAUUCAGUGCCCAGUCAACCCAGGGACAACUUACCUACAUGCUUGGUUCACCUGACUGGUUUGUAGAUGUAACAGACCUGGUUCGCGAUUGCCUGAGGAUAGACAACUCUCGUGUUGCAGCUCUUCAUGAGCAAAAUUAUGUAAUUGGAUUAGAGGCUGGAGUUACUUCACUAAAUCUGAUAUCUAGUCAGUGGGAUGGUGUGCUUGGCACUGCUGAUGUCAUUGUGACCUCAGAACCUGUGGCCCCUGGUGACCUUUCUGUGCAUUUAGUUGGUGGUCUUGGUCUUUCUUUCACCCCAAGCUCUUCAAAUCCUUCUGUCAUCACAGCAACUGUGAUGUCUCAUAACACACUCUAUAACCAUGGGCAAGAAGCUUCUUUUAGUGUUUGGCUACAAUUUGGUGAUGACACUGCUACUCUGCUUUCUGCAUUUAGUGAAAUCCCUUUCUCUCUACAUUUAUCCUCACUGGCUGAGUCUGUGGUUGCAAUAACACCUGCCCCAUCGCAGCGCGUCCUUGCACAAGGAGAUGGCGGAGGGCCUCUUGUGAAAGCAGAGCUUCUGGUCUUUGCUUGUGAGCUUGUGUCUACCCACAAUGAGAUGGAUGAGAUCAAAAAGAGAGGUGGGACUCGGAAACUGGCGAAAGGAUCAGGCUGGAUAAGGGUGAACCUAGACGCAGACCUCUGGCCUCUAGAAAGUGAAGAUUCCGACUUUAGGAUAACUGAUGUAUCAGAUACAUUUGCAGAGUUAGACGCAAAUGUGUAUCGUAAUUUCGAACAGGAGCAAGCAACCCAGUCCAGUAACUAUGAUGACAAUACAAGCAAUGACAUGAUUUCCUGGGAUGACUUUGAGAAGGCAGGGUUGACACCCACCCAGGAAGAAGACGCAGUGGAUUUUAAUCCUGAUGUAGAGAAUGGUAGAGGGAACUUUGCAAAUCGAGAGUUAUUAUUUGGAGUUGGAGCUGUCUUCUGUUUGCUAUGUCUCUCUUCCCUUCUGUUCUUAGUCAAUUUCAUGCCAUGUGUGAUGAGGGAACUAGAAAAGAGACAAAGAAAAGGAAUUAGGAAACAGACUGAGGGAGAAAUCUUCACUCAGGAAGAGGAGAAUGAUGAUAAGAAAUCAGGGGAAGAUGGGACAUGGUAAGAAAAGAUGAUGACAGUGGAGCAAAAAUGAUUUUAUAAGUAACCAUCUUUCUGAGAACCACUUGUCCCUGUCUUUCUAAGACGAAAUAAACAUUUUUAGUUGUAAAUUAGAAUAAUGUGCAAUAUUGUCUCGUCAGCAGUUUAACAGAAAUACUAGAACAGACAUCUUCUCUGAUGUUUUCACACCAAACACCAAAAUCAUUUUACUCUUGUAAAUGUUUGUAGGUUACAUUUGUAGGUGACUUUAUGCUUUGUAGGUUACUUUAAAUGUGUAUUUUACAUUUUCAUGUAUAAUAAUGCAAUAAGAAAAUUUUGCUGCUUAUGCUAAUCGUAAACAUUAAUCUUUCCCCUGUUUUAAUAAUUUAUUUUCGUGUGGACACUAAUAAAGGAGAAGCUUGUCAUUAUUAGAGCCCUGACCUUUACAUGCAUUUUGGUUCAGUGAAGUGCCUACUCU